UAGCUUCCCCAAGAUGGCGGCCGACAGUGAGCCCGAGUCCGAGGUGUUUGAGAUCACGGACUUCACCACUGCCUCCGAGUGGGAAAGGUUUAUUUCAAAAGUUGAAGAAGUCUUGAAUGACUGGAAACUAAUUGGAAACUCAAUGGGAAAGCCACUUGAAAAGGGUAUAUUUACUAGUGGCACAUGGGAGGAAAAAUCAGAUGAAAUUUCCUUUGCUGACUUCAAGUUUUCAAUCACUCAUCAUUUUCUUGUGCAAGAAUCCAGUGAUAAAGAAGGAAAAGAAGAAGUAUUAGAAGAUGCUAUUCCACAAUCUAUGCAAGAUUUGCUAUGCAUGAACAAUGACUUUCCUCCUAGAGCUCAUUGCCUGGUAAGAUGGUAUGGACUACGUGAAUUUGUAGUAAUUGCCCCAGCUGCAAAUAAUGAUGCUGUUCUUAGCGAAUCCAAAUGUAAUCUUCUUCUGAGUUCUGUUUCUAUUGCAUUGGGGAAUACAGGCUGUCAGGUGCCACUCUUUGUGCAAAUACAUCACAAAUGGCGAAGAAUGUAUGUAGGAGAAUGUCAGGGUCCAGGUGUUCGAACUGACUUUGAAAUGGUUCAUCUUCGCAAAGUGCCAAAUCAAUAUACUCACUUAUCAGGACUGUUGGAUAUCUUCAAAUCAAAAAUAGGAUGUCCUUUAACACCAUUGCCUCCAGUCAGCAUAGCUAUUCGGUUUACUUAUGUACUUCAGGACUGGCUACAGUACUUUUGGCCUCAACAGCCACCAGAUAUAGAUGCCAUUGUUGGAGGAGAAGUUGGAGGCUUAGAAUUUGGAAAGUUGCCAUUUGGUGCCUGUGAAGAUCCAAUUAGUGAGCUCCAUUUAGCAACUACAUGGCCUCACCUUACUGAAGGAAUCAUUGUGGAUAAUGAUGUUUACUCGGAUCUGGAUCCUAUUCAAGCUCCUCAUUGGUCUGUGAGGGUUCGAAAAGCUGACAAUCCCCAGUGUUUGCUAGGAGAUUUUGUUACUGAAUUCUUUAAAAUUUGCCGUCGAAAGGAAUCAACAGAUGAAAUUCUUGGAAGAUCCACAUUUGAAGAAGAAGGGAGAGAAACUGUUGAUAUAACUCAUGCAUUGUCAAAGCUGACAGAACCAGCACCAGUCCCAAUCCACAAGUUAUCAGUUACAAAUAUGGUACACAGUGCGAAGAUGAAGAUUCGAAAGCACAGGGGUGUGGAAGAGUCACCGUUGAAUAAUGAUGUCCUCAAUGCUAUUCUCUUGUUCCUAUUCCCUGAUGCUGCUUCUGAUAAACCUUUAGAUGGAUUUACUUCAACAGGCAACAACAAUCCUUCAUCAGAUAAUGAAGAAUAUAAUCUUUACAAUCAGUUCAAAUCUGCACCUUCUGACAGUUUGACAUACAAACUGGCUUUAUGUCUUUGUAUGAUCAAUUUCUACCACGGAGGGGUAAAAGGUGUGGCACAUCUCUGGCAAGAAUUUGUCCUUGAAAUGCGUUUCAGAUGGGAAAACAACUUUCUGAUUCCAGGAUUAGCUAAUGGAGUCCCAGACCUCAGAUGUUGUUUGCUGCAUCAAAAACUUCAGAUGUUAAAUUGUUGUAUUGAAAGGAAGAGAGCCCGAGAUGGAGGAAAAAAGUCCGCUCUUUCUGAUUAUGCUUGUAGUACUUCUGCAGGGGAUUCUGGGAAAGCAGGAGACACCUCUGGGCAGGAUCAUCUAAAAGAUACAGAUAAGGAAAAGGGAGAGGUGGGAAAAUCUUGGGAUUCCUGGAGUGACAGUGAAGAAGAAUAUUUUGAAUGCUUAAGUGAUACAGAGGAACUGAAGGGUAAUGGGCAAGAGAGUGGAAAGAAAGGAGGGGCCAAAGAAUUGUCAAGUUUAAAGCCAGAAGGACGCCUACAUCCACAUGGAAAACUUACAUUGCUGCACACAGGUGAACCUCUCUACAUUCCAGUAACACAGGAGCCAGCCCCUAUGACAGAAGAUCUGCUAGAAGAGCAGUCCGAGGUCCUGGCUAAAUUGGGGACAUCUGCAGAAGGUGCUCACCUCCGGGCCCGCAUGCAGAGCGCCUGUUUGCUCUCGGAUAUGGAGUCUUUUAAGGCAGCCAAUCCUGGUUGCUUCCUGGAGGAUUUUGUGAGGUGGUAUUCACCUCGGGAUUAUGUUGAAGAAGAAGUGGUUGAUGAAAAAGGCAAUGUGAUUCUCAAAGGAGAGUUGAGUGCCCGAAUGAAGAUUCCUAGCAACAUGUGGGUAGAGGCCUGGGAAACAGCUAAGCCAGUUCCUGCUCGACGGCAGAGGAGACUAUUUGAUGACACUCGGGAGGCAGAAAAGGUGCUGCACUACUUGGCAGUCCAGAAACCUGCAGAUCUUGCAAGGCAUCUCUUACCUUGUGUGAUCCAUGCAGCUGUACUCAAAGUAAAGGAGGAAGAAACUCUGGAAAACAUUUCUUCAGUUAAGAAAAUCAUAAAGCAGAUAAUAUCCCAUUCCAGUAAAGUUUUACGAUUCCCCAAUCCAGAAGACAAGAAAUUGGAGGAAAUCAUCCAUCAGAUUACUAAUGUGGAGGCCACCAUUGCCAGAGCACGUUCGUUGAAAGCCAAGUUUGGAACUGAGAAAUGUGAGCAAGAGGAAGAAAGAGAAGAUCUGGAAAGGUUUGUGAGUUGCCUCUUGGAACAGCCUGAAGUGUCAGUCAUUGGUGCGGGAAGAGGACAUGCUGGGAAUAUCAUUCAUAAGCUAUUUGUGAACGCUCAGAGGGCUGCAAGCAUGGCUCCAGUGGAGGAGGAACUGAAAAGGACAAGCUCUUCUGAAGAACGGAGGCAGAACUCAGGGUCAGACUUCCCAGCCCCUGCGGGCCGGGAACUUAUUUUGCGUACGACCGUUCCCCGGCCUGCGCCCUACUCCAAAGCUCUGCCCCAGCGCAUGUACAGUGUUCUCACCAAGGAGGACUUCAGACUUGCAGGGGCCUUUUCAGCUGACACCUCAUUCUUCUGAUUAUUUUUUUUUAAGAGGUAUCUUAUGGAUGUCUUCAGAGGUAAUGCUAAACUCUUCUUCUUUGAGAGGGAGGGAGAGUGUGCCAGCAAGUGACAGACGGCAUGGAGAGGACACUGUUCUGUUGAAUGAUCAAGAAUCACCUUUCAGAGAAUUAAACCAGCAUCUGAAAGAUUCACCUGCAUCAAGCUGUGGUUUUGAUGUAUCCUGGUGGGAACAGAGGAGAUGUCAAGAGGCAGCCAAGCAUUUUAAAUGCUUAAAUGGAUUGAGAGAUUUCUGCCCAAAGAGAGAGCCCUGAUCUAGCUAAUUUAAAGAACUGAGGUAGCCAUGUACUGUGCAGGAGCUCAAUCUGGAAAGGAUACAGUACACAUUCUGUUCCUUCCCAUGACUGUUCUUACAAAAACAAGGCAUUACCCCACACUCACCAUAAAUGUAAACACUAGAUAAUUGUAUUUAUUACUAUCAAGUAUAAAAAAUAGGGAAUUUACUCAGAUUUCUGGAUAUCUUGGUUGUGUCUUCAUUCCACAAAAUCUUCAUGGAUAUUUUAAAAUUGCUUAAUCUCUUGUUCAUACAAUCACUCAGUGGAAAUAAUUGAUUAUACUAAACUCUUGAUGUGCUGUUUUGUUGGAGUUUUGGGGUUUUUUUUAAACCCCAGCAUUUCAUGUAGUUGAUCUAUUUUUCCAUAGAACUUUGCCCUAAAUGGAUUCUUUCUGGUAACUAUAUAUUAAGCUUCACUGAAAAUAGCUUUAAAUAUAUCCUUCAAUUUUUUGAUACUGUACUAAUGUACUAAAAUGUGAUCCAGACCAAAACUUUGUGUAAAAUACUUCCUUGUAGGUGUGUCCUCACUGCCCCUUGCUGUACAGUGUGUCCUUGUUUUCUAGUUGCUGCCUUCACAGUAUGUCUAAUGGAGCAAGGAUGGAACACACACUGUGAAUGUAACCUGGUAUAUGGAAAAGAUCAUGCAGUCAGUAAAAUUUGAAUGUAUAUACUUAUGUCAUGAAUAAAAUUAUUUUAAAGCAAUA